UGUAAUAAGGCUCAAGUGUAAAAGGAGUCACCAUUUCACACUGAGAGCAUAUUCACCACAGACAUGAUACAGACUGUAGUCCUGUUGUUGCUGAUCAGUUGUGCAGUGAGUGGGGCCCAGGACAAUCCGAAUGGGGCCAAACCUGCUCAGUGCUGUGAUGGCUCCAUGUUUAUGACUGUGGGAGCUCUGACAGAGAAAGUGGCAAAUCUCAUGGACAAAAUGACACAAGUGGAAACUAAACUGGACAACACUGAGAGAGAGCUCACUGAACUGAAGAGCAUCAUUCAUGGUACUCCCAAAGUGGCCUUUUCAGCAACUCUAUAUGAAACUGGUUCUGGAGACACUGGACCGUUUACCAUUGCCGCUCCUCUGAAGUACAAGAAAGUAUUUUCCAACUUUGGCAACAACUACAAUCCAGCUACAGGCAUUUUCACUGCAACCAUCAAAGGCAUGUACUUCUUUCGCUUCUCAAUGUUCAACAACCUAAAGUCUCCUCCUAGUUCAGUUGUGAGCCUGAUGAAAAAUGGAGAGCGUGUGGUGUCUGUGUGGGACACUGCCGGAUCAGAUAUUAAUGACAUGGGCAGUAAUGCAGCAGUUCUCCCACUAGAGGCUGGAGACACUGUGUAUGUGGAGCUGGCAGCUAACAGAGUUGUCUAUGAUGACGGAAUGAACUACAACACCUUCACUGGGUUCCUUCUGUUCACUAAUGUUUAACUAUUUAAGUUUCUUUCAUUCAUAUUUUAUCAUGACAUAAUAGCUCAAUCUGUACGUUUUCCAUGAAUAUCAGUUUUUUCAUGUGACAACCAACUAAAUGACACUGAAUUUGUUUACAAACAUGACCAAAUAUUAAUAGACCCCAUGGCAUGGAAACUACUGUCUGUAUCUUGUAUCUUUCAAUAAAGCAUCCUAAAAGAC